GUCCCUCUGUCUGUGUGAUUCACAGAUAAGAGGAUAAAUUUUUUUUCUUCUCUUUUUUUUGUUUUAUAAUGUUUUGCUUUCCUUUGUUCCUCUAGGUUUGUAUGUAAAAUCUCUUUGUAUCAUGAAUGAUAUUUAUGGGUUUGUUGUAUUUCUGGGAAGGAUUGUUUCCACGUAUGUAGUGUGUCUAUUGUUCGUUCGCUGACGUGGCAGCGUCUCAGUGAUGCCAGUGGGGCAGGUCCUGCCGCUCCACACCCCUUGGAUAGGUCACCCUGCUACCGUGCUGCUCGUAGGCAAGGUGACGUUGACUUUGUCUCUUGUGCGUUUGGAUGUGGUGGAGCAAGGUGCCUACGGUGUGGAGCCGGUGCGAGGGCUCAGGACUGCUUUGGGCUCCCCAGGACCAGUAGUGUUACGCUGCAUGGUAACACUCCGGGUGGUGACGAGUGCAGAUUUGAGGCGGCAGUCCAGCACGGCUUAGGACGAGAGUGCUAUAGGGCCACCGAAGUUGAAAUUAAACAUUUGACAACGCUCAACCCGGCUAUUCUCGUCCUACAUUUCAACUUCGACCUUCACGAUGACUGAUGACGAGACCACCCUACGGAGAGUGCGAGGGGCAGCCAAGACCAAGUUCACCCGUAAGGUCAAACUGUUCCACGAACGGCUGAAGCAAGGUGAUCCACCGGACGUCUUGGAGUCUGUCUAUGAUGAAAUAGUGAACCAUGUCCAUGAACUAGAGGUGAGAGGUGAAGAUUUAAUUGCUCAUCUAGAAAAGUGUGAAGGAAAACAAUCUGAAAUUGAUGAUGCAAAUGUUUACUUGGUGGAGUGUGAUAACACUCGUUGUGAAGCCCUUCGCUUGUUUUCAGAUGUAAAGAGGAAGGUGAAGAGUAGUGAUCCGACUAGUGCAAAUACUGCCAGUCUUAAGGUAGAAGCUUUGAAGGCCCCUAAGUUCAAUGGUGAUAUUAGAAUGUAUCCAACUUUCAAAGACGACUUUGUUAAUGUAAUUGUGACAAAGUAUGGACAAGAUCCCUUUGUAUUAAGACAGUGUCUUGGUGAGAGACCACUCAAGGUAAUAACUGGUUAUGAGAAAGACUUUGAUGAAAUGAUGAGAAUAUUGGAUAAGGAGUAUGGAGACCCAAGGAAAUUGGUUGAUAUUGUGAUCAAUAAUUUGAAAUCAUUAGAAAGGUUGACAGAGAGAGAUGAUAGAGGUUCUGUCGAUAUGGUGACUGUUGUUGAGAGGUGUUGGACUAGAAGGGGAGAUGAAUUCUGAGUAUUGUCAGUAUGAUUGAAAAGCUUCUUCCUAGGAUUCAAAAGCGGGAAUGGAUAUUAUUAGCAGAUAAGGCUACUGAUAAAUCAAAUUGUUCCCCGAGAUAUUGAAAUUUUUACAGUGUGAAAAGAGAGUAAUAGGUUACUCUGAAUCUUCCGUCAGGAAUAACCAGGUAGGGAGUGCUUCUCCUUGCAAUGUAGUGAGAACAGAUAAAACAGAAGAGUCAAAAUUGCUUGAGAUAGUCAGAGGCAUGCAGGAGGAUCAGAAGAACACCAACAGGAUACUAGAAGAGAUGAAGCAUUGAUUUGUUAACAACGCAUCACGUACCGACAAAGGAAGUAGCAGAUGUUGAGUUCAUGAAUUUGACGGACAUGUUAUUAAUGAAUGUGGCAAAUUUAGGUCACUGAACAGUGUUGAGAGGUUGGAAAUUAGCAAAAGAAAGGGUGUUUGUUUUCGGUGCCUUAGUGAAAAACACCUGUCUCGUCAUUGUAAAUCGGAUGUGCGUUGUGAUAAGAGGGAUGAUGAAGGUAACGUUUGCGGCAUGCGGCAUCACCCUUUACUGCAUGGAUCAUUUGCUAGCAACAUUUCGGUUAGUUCUGGAAAUUGUACCGGAAAUAAGGCUAUGUUAGCUAUAAGUACUGUGUACAGUGCGGGACAACCCAUCACAGUGCUCUGGGAUUGUGGAUCCGAUAUCACCAUGGUAAAACACAGUAUGGCCAAGAAGUUGGGUGUCAGAGGGGCUGAUGUCAUGAUGUCAAUAGUAAAGGUGGGGAAUGUGACCGAAAAGUAAGUGAGCAAGGAGUAUAGUUUGUGCAUACAAGACCAUUCUGGCAAAAAUUAUGACUUAAAGGCUGUAGGGAUGGACGCAAUAUCUGCUAAUGCUCCCGCUGUGGAUGUGUCUAACGUUCCCCUCAUAUUUUCUGACAUCGAUGUGGGUGCCCUCGUCAGACCAAGUGGACAGAUUGAUAUGUUGGUUGGCUCAGAUUAUUGUGGAUUGUUACAGCAAGUAGUCGAAACGAAGGGAAAAUUGCAGCUAUUGAGGAACAACUUUGGGUAUUGUCUGAGGGGAGGACAUCCAUUAAUAUCAACCAAAGUUAAUGAAGUAGGUCACUUAACAGCUGUUGUGAAUAAGGCUGUCGUGAACUUGGAACACAGCGUGGUGGUUGUUCAAAAAGAGUGAGAAUCUUGAGGAAAGUCUCGACAAAUUCUUCAGCUUAGAUACUGUUGGAACAAAAUGUACACCUAAAUGUGUCAGAUGUUUAUGUAAAGGAUGUCCUGCUAAUGGAAAGUAUACCAUGGAGGAAGAACGUGAACUCGACCUUACUGAGAAAGGUUUGAGUUAUGAUGAGAAGGGCAAGAGAUGGGUUGCUGCUUAUCCUUGGAUUAGGGACCCCUACAAGUUACCUAACAAUAUCAAGGCUGCUGUGAUUCGACUUAGGUCGACAGAGAGGAGCUUACACAGGUUAGGUGAAGAAUAUGCAAGGAUUUAUCAUCAGGAAAUUGAGGACAUGCAAAAGAGAGGGGUGGCUGGAAAAUUGACAGAGCAUGACCUUGAAAGGUAUGAUGGCACCACACAUUAUAUUCCCCGUCACGAAAUUUUGAAGCCAGAGUCAGGUUCCACCCCCCCUGAGAAUUGUUUUUGAUUCAUCCGCCCAGUAUUGCAGACACAGAUUGAAUGAGUAUUGGGCUAAGGGGCCAAACAUGUUGAGCAGCAUCAUUGGUGUGCUACUGAGGUUCAGGGAGGAGAUUGUGGGUAUUGUGGAUGAUAUUAGUAAAAUGUACCAUUCAGCAGGAAUGAGUGAGUUUGAUCAGCAUGUUCAUAGAUUCCUUUGGAGAAGCAUGAAUACUUCAAGAGAACCUGACGAUUUUGUUAACUUCAGUAACAUUUGGCGAUCGUCCCAGUGGCGCUAUUGCGGUUAUGGCUUUGAGAUACACAGCUGAGAUGAAUGGAGAAAAAUUCCCACAUGUUGCCGAGUUGAUUAAGGAGAAUACCUAUAUGGAUGAUGUGAUUAAAUCUGUUCACACGUUUCCGGAGGCACUUGCUCUGAUCUCAGAUACUGAAACUGUGUUAAGGGAAGGUAAUUUUCACAUAAAGCAUUGGACUGUUAGUGGGGAUGGGCACAGUCCUAAUAACACGAACAUACUGAAUGUAAGCGAUGCCAAGGUGUUAGGUUUGAAAUGGCUUCCUUCAAAAGAUAAUUUUGUAUUCACUGUGUCUGUCAAUUUUUCUAGGAAAAGAAAGGGAGUGCGUCUCUCUCCAGGGAUGACUAAAGAUCAAUGCUUGAUCGAGUUUCCACAAACCAUUCAUUCAGACAAUGGCACACAGCUGGUUGCUGCUAACAAGGAGCUACGCGAGGUAGCUAAAGAUUUGAAUUUAGAUGUCGUAUCCAGAUUUGGAAACAGUAACAGUGGUCAUUCAAUAAGUCCAGUGAUGCCCCAUGGUUGAAUGGCGCACAUGAAAGCUUGAUUAGACUAGUGAAGAAUGGCAUAUCAAAAUCCAUAGGAGAUGGCAUUCUCACUUUCAGUGAACUUCAGACUGUGGUGUGUGUAUGAAGUGGCUAACCUGUUGAACAGUAGACCCAUUGGUAUUAAACCAGGAUAUGAUGUGGAAUUAGGAGUAUAUUUAUGUAGAAACGAUUUGCUAUUAGGACACAAUACCAUGGCAACAUGGCAGGGGCAAGUGGAGACUGGCUCAGGUUACUAAAGUAAAGCAGGGCAGAGAUGGCAAAGUAAGAGAAGUUCACUUAAGGUACAAAUUAUGUAAACAUGGUGCUGACUAUAAGGGUGUUAGGGAUAAAACAAUGUGUAGAUCUGUUCACAGACUGGUGGUAUUACUUCCUGUAGAAGAAUUGUAAAGGUUAUAUGCAUAUUUCUUUUGAGGUGGGAGUGUAUCAUGAAUGAUAUUUAUGGGUUUGUUGUAUUUCUGGGAAGGGUUGUUUCCACGUAUGUAGUGUGUCUAUUCGUUCGUUCGCUGACGUGGCAGCGUCUCGGUGAUGCCAGUGGGGCAGGCCUGAGCCAGUCCUGCCGCUCCACACCCCGUGGAUAGGUCACCCUGCUACCGUGCUGCUCGUAGGCAAGGUGACGGUGACUUUGUCUCUUGUGCGUUUAGAUGUGGUGGAGCAAGGUGCCCACGGUGUGGAGCCGGUGCAAGGGCUCAGGACUGCUUUGGGCUCCCCAGGACCAGUAGUGUUACGCUGCAUGGUAACACUCCGGAUUCUGUUCUGUUCAUCAAUAUACAGCUAAUUUCUCUUUAUCUGAUUGAUCACUUACUCUUCCACUUUCUAUUUAUUUGUUUAUUUAUAUUGCUCUUCAACCAUUCUAUCUUCCUGUGUUUCUUCACUUACCUACCCAUUCGUCGAUGUUUUUUGUCUGUAUAUAUUUCCCUAUCUAAUACUUCUGCCUUCUCAUCUAUCAACGGUGAUUUAUCAACAUAUUUUCCCACUUAUGUCCUUAUUAUCUCUGUCUGUCCGUCUGUCUGUCUGUCUGUCUGUCUGUCUAUUCAUCUAAUCUAUUUUCUACUUACUGAACUGUAUAUCUACCCAUCUAUACAUAUCUAUAUCUACUUAUAUACCUAUUCAUUUAUUCAUCUAUCUAUCAAUCUAUCUAUCCAUCCAUCUGUCCAUCUAUAUAUCUUUCUAUUUAUCAGCCAGUCGAUCUAUUCAACUAUUUACCCAUCCAGCCAUCUAUCUAUAAGUCUACUUGUUCAACCAGAUACUUAUUCAUUAAUCAAUUCGUCAGACCAACAACACAUUUCUCUAUC